UUGAAUUUGAAUCAUCGAUUUCAUCAGCAAAAGUUUUAAGUUUGUACGACGGUAUUUUGUGAUAAUUUGUUGGUGCUCACGAUGUUUUAAGUUUUACGGGCGCGUAUUUGGUGUUCAGUGACUUUUCAAUACAAGGGAUUCAUAAACCUGCGUUUACAAAAUGAAAUUUCGCUUCUGCGGCGAUGGCGACUGCCCGGAUUGGGUUUUGGCGGAAAUUCACUCCAACCUAGCCGUACUAAGUUCGGAACAACUGGACCAGGUAGCCGAAUUCGUGGCGAAAGGCAUUUUGGGCAAUGAAGUUCCGGAAGAUCAAGUUCGAAAAGUUUUCGGAAUCAGCAAAGGUUCGAUGGACACUCCGAAGGCGGCGUUUGCCUGCAUCCGGUUCCUGUUGGUAAGUGCUGCACGUUUUAAUACCGAAAGUUCAAUUUUCGGAACCGAAUUGCAACAGCUGGGAUUGCCCAAAGAUCACACCACGGUCAUGUGCCGGGUGCUGGAAGAUUACGUUAGCCAGUUUCGUUCCGUCCUCCUACGCUCUAGUUUGAAAAUUAAUGAGCUGGAAAGUGUUUCCAGCAGCAUUCCGGAAGGAACCAUUGAUUGCGUUCAACUGCAGUUCGAUAUCGCAAACGAAAUUGUCAAUGGGGUUUCCCAACCGGCAUCCCACACGGUCAAUGUGAAUCGAAGCGACAUUCCCAUCUUGCUAAAAGAGUUGAAAACAAUUAAAUCCAUCAUGGAUGGGUACGAUUUCGAAGCUAAACAUGGUGAGGUAAAAUGAAACAGACAACACAUUCAGAUAAAUUAAAUCUAUUGCUAAUCGAAGAUAA